UGUGUUUCUUACAGAAGACUGAGUUUCAUGGUUGCAGGGCAUAUUUCAUGCUCAUCUUUGUGUACACCAUAGGUGCUCAAUAAACAUGUAUCAGAGAACAGGGAUGAUUUUUAUUGAGCACGUACUGUGGGCUCUGCACUAUUUAUGCGCACGUACAUAUAAGGCUACAAAAUCAAAAAGCCAAAAGGAGCAUACGUUUUACAAGCUGGAGUAGAUGCCAGCGGAUGCAUUUGGAGCCUGAAAGCUUUUGUGCCGUCUGUUCCCAUGCUGCCAGAACUCCGGAACUGAGGCUGUCAUCCCGUAUCUCCCCAGACCUGCUGAAACUCAGCCUGCUGGGACGAGUCUGCUUCCCCCCCUCCUGUUUCUGCCAUGGAAGUGUGUGGACAGCCCUGUUGACGAUGACAUGUGACACCAUUGGCUUUCCCUGGCAGUCACACCCCCUGACCCACGGCCUGCCAGCUUGGCACGUGCCUCUCCGUUCUCGAUGUUCCUGACCCCCAUGGAUCCACGACCGUAGCCAUGGCCACGCGGGUGGAGGUGGGCUCCAUAACGCCCUUGACGGCGGUGCCGGGCCUGGGUGAGAUUGGCAAGGAGGACACCUUGACGAGGACCUACUUCCUCCAGGCUGGCGAUGCCUCUGGGGCUCCCCCAGCACGGAUCUUGGAGGCGAAGAGCCCCCUGCGGAGCCCGGCCCGCUUACUCCCUCUGCCAAGGCUCGCCCCCAAACCUUUCUCGAAGGAGCAGGACGUGAAGUCGCCUGUCCCAUCUCCGCGGCCCGGUUCGACCGGACCUUCUCCCUCUGGGGGGCCCCCUGAGGAGCCCGCAGCAAAGGACCCGGACAAGAGGAUGCCCGGCUGGGUGGGGCAGGAGGUGGGCAGCGGGGAGGGCCUGAGGGCAGGCUCGUCCCUCUUCCACAAGGCUGCGUUCCUGCGGCCCAGCUCCAACACCAUGAUUCUCUUCGAAACCACAAAAGGCGGCCCCACGCUGGGGAAGGCGGGCAGCGAGGGGGCCGAGGAGGCCAAGCCGGGUGUGACCGGCUCGCGGCCUGAGGUGGCCGCCAAGCCCGCCCUGCCCACCCGAAAGCCUGCGGGGACCCUUCCCCGGUCAGCGCCCCCGUCACGGGACACAAAGCCGCCUAUACCCCAAGAGGAGGCAGGCCAAGACCAGCCUCCCUCAAAGGCCAGCAGUGUGGAGGACACGGCACGCCCCACGGUGGAGCCCAGGCCUCGCCUGAAGAGAAGGCCCGUGUCCGCCAUUUUCACCGAGUCCAUUCAGCCUCAGAAGCCAGGCCCCAGCGCGGUGGCCACCGUGGGCAAAGUGCCCCCCACCCCUCCCGAGAAGACGUGGGUGAGGAAGCCCAGGCCCUUGUCCAUGGACCUCACGGCCCGCUUUGAGAACAGAGAGGCCUUGCUGAGGAAGGUGGCCGAUGAGGGAAGUGUCCCCACAGCCGGGGACACGGCUGGGCUGGACAGGCCCAGAGCAGAGGGCAAGCCGGACCAGGAGUGUCUAGUCAAGGCGGAGGCUCCUCUUCGUGAUCCUGAUUCGGACUUCCUGGAGGUGGCCAAGAAAAUCCGUGAACGGAAGGAGAAGAUGCUUUUGAAGCAGGAGAUGGGCAGUCCCAGAGCCCCGGGGGGCUCAGCCAGGGUCACCCCCAGCAAUGACCAGCGUCCCUGGGAAGAAAAGGCCAAGAUGGACCUGGAGCCAGAGAAGGCUGCUGAGUCCCCCUCGCCCAGGCUGGGAAGGGGCCUAGAACGCGCUGAGGUUAAGAGCAGGGCGGACGACGGGGAGGCCGGGGGCGAGUGGGUCUCCAGGGGGAGUGUCAGGAAGUGCAUCAGCCUGUUUCGGGAGGACAGCGCCUUGGCCUUGGCAGUGGGGUCCGAACCCCCUCUGGCUACCCCUGCGUCCCCAUCAGUGGCACCAGAGACGGAGAAGGGGGUUGUGAGCGUCCAGGAGCGGAUCAAAGGCUGGGCUGCCGAGGGCUCCGAGGCCAGGCCCGAGGUCAGGAGGAGGACAUUCCAGGCUCGGCCGCUGUCGGCGGAUUUGACCAAAUUGUUUUCAAGUUCAGCUUCAAGCAACGAAGUCAAAUAUGAGAAGUGUGCUGAGCUGAGCGGGGAGCUUCCUAAGGAACCGAGAGAAAAGCAAAAGGAGGGGCAUGGUUUGGAUAAAACCUGCACCCCAAGAAGCCCCUGGAAGUCUGGGACCCUCCAAGAGAAGUCCAGGCGGACGGAGCAGACGGUUAGCUCUAACCAAGACCCUGACAGCCGUCACGGUAAAAGCUCAGUGGAGGCCCCGUGCCCUUCUGACAUCACUCGGGAAGAUGACCGGAGCUUCCAGACUGUGCGGGCCACCAUGUUUGAGCACCAUGUGGAGAGACACACGGUGGCUGAGCAGUCCGGACGUGGUCUUUCCACACCCCCUGGUGACAUGGCCGAUGCCCGUGUCUCAGAACCCAGGCCGAGGCCUGAGAUGGGCUCUUGGCUGGCCAGGGACCCACCAGACGUGACAAAACUCAACAAAGAGAACUCCAGGGGGUGUGACCAUCCUGAGACGGAGAAAUUGGGAAGAACCGCCCUUUUGAACGGUGAACUCAGACCGUAUCACACGCCUCUCCAGGAAAAAUACCUUUUGGCUGAAAGACUCAGUAAUAACCCCUUGGACAACACUCCCACUUCCCAGAGGGUUCAGCCCAGGUAUGACGUUGUGCAUGCAGUGGGGGAGCGUGUGCACAGCGAGCCCGUCUCACCCGCGCCGGAGGAGAAGGCGGUCACGCUCCGCAGCCGCAGAUCCUGGCUGAAGGACAGGCAGCUGUCCCAGGAGGUCACCCCUACUGACCUGGAGUAUGGUCUGGAAGGUCAGGCAGGGUCCGUCCAAAGGGCCAGUUUGAUUUGGGAAGCUCGAGGGAUGCCUGAGGCCAGUGGGUCGAAGUCACCCAAAUGGAUAGGCGGGGUGGUGGUGAGCUCACACAAGGCCACCGCAGUGGGUGGCGAAGAGCACUGUGCUCCCGGCACCACCCCCGGCAGGGCCUUCAAGGCUGCCGUCUGGGAAACCCAGCAUGAGAGGCCAGAAGGGGCCAGAAGCAAGCCAGGGGCCGGAGCAAGGGGUCCACCCCAGGGAUGCCCCCUGGAUCCUCCUUCCAGGGCAACGAAUGGGCCUUCUGACUCCCAAGCACGAACACAUCCAGAUGCAUUUUCUGUGCAGAAAGUGCCCUUUGUUGUGGCUGCCAGGGAGGGUGAUCUAGGGCCAGCCUGGGUGCCGCAGCCUGCAGUCAAAAUGCGGAAAGCCAGCCCCACGGACCAGAGAAUGGACAGAUGGCGGCGGCGGACUUUACCCCACAACGUGAAGUUUGACACGUUCAGUUCUCUGGUUCCAGAGAACUCUUCACAGGUGGGCCACAGACAGACAGAAUAUGUGAGCCCCACAGCCAGUGCCUUAAGAAAACCUCAGCUAUCCCACUCCAGGGUGGAGACCCAGGAGGUGAGCCCAGGCGCUUCAUGGGACCAGACCUCCCCAGCAGCGAAGCAAGGGUCACCUGUGGAACCCAAGGCGACAUUUUUUGCAGUCACCUAUCAGAUUCCCACUACUCAAAAGGCAAAGGGCGUGGUUCUGUCAGGGGCUGAAAACUUGCUGGAACAUUCUAGAAAAAUCACUCCACCCUCUUCUCCUCAUUCUUUAACAUCCACUUUGGUUUCUCUUGGCCAUGAAGAGGCACUGGAGAUGGCAGGUAGUCAAAUGUGGAUGAAGGGACGAGGGCAUGAAAAUGCAAGCGUUUCAAAAACUCUGAAGCCAACAGACCGUCCAUUAUCUCUUGGGGCCAGGAUUCUGGACCCUUUCAGUGGAAGAAUCAUUGAUGUGGAUGCCUUACGGAGUCAUUGGGGAUCCGAAGACAGUCCUCAUCUUCAGAACGAUCGCAAGGAAAGUGGGAACAAGGUGUCCCCCAGCGGCGAAACUCCCCAAACCACCCCGACUCUGAGGAGUCGUCCAAAGGAUCUCCCUGUGGGAAGGAAGACUGAUGUGAUCAGUGAGACGUUCCCAGGUAAAAUCAGAGAAGGCUACAGAUCCAGCGUUCUUGACAUUGAUGCCCUGAUGGCUGAGUACCAGGAGCUGUCGCCGAAAGUCCCCAGGGAGGCUCAGGAGAGGAGGAGGAGUCCCACGGCAGAGUCCAGCACGUUGCCUCGGGGGAGGCCAGGCCAGCCAGGCAGGGUGGAGCAGAGAAGGAGGAGCCUGAAGGAGGUGCCUGAUGCUGGGGGUCUCUGGAAACCGGCCAGCUCUGCCGAAAUCAACCACAGUUUUACUCCUGGCCCAGGCAGGCAGCUGGCAGAGACCCUAGAAGCAGCCAUAGGCACCAAAUCUAGCUCUCCCUUCUGGGCUCUGCCACACUCGGCUCCUUCUGAAAAGUAUCCAGGGGUCUCUCCUGUCUCUGUGGAUCCCAGGAAAAAAACCUUGGGGUUUGCUGAGGAUGACAGAAAGGCCUUUGCCAGUAAAUACCACGUUGCAAAGUAUCAGAAUUACCUGGCUGAGUCAAAGCCCUCCGGUUGGGAGGAUCCAAGCAGUGGGGUCAGGGUGUCGCCCAAAUCACCCCCCACUGACCAGAAGAAAGGGACCCCAAGAAAAUCCACCAGGCAGGGAGAGGAGGGCAGUAUGGCCCAUUGGGGUGACCACCCACGUGACUGUGGAUGGGGGCCGCUGGAUAUCAAGAGGGCCUACUCGGAGAAGGGGCCCCCCGCCAACAUCCGAGAGGGCCUGUCCAUCAUGCACGAAGCCAGGGAGAGGAGGCGAGAGCAGCCCAGAGGGAGGCCCAGCCUUACUGGAGAGAAUUCGGAGGCCAAAAUGGGACCCUGUUGGUGGGAGUCAGGGACUCGAGACGGUCAGAAGGUGCUGCCACGAGACCUGGAGAAGGGGGAUGCCCCCCAGGAGAAGGAGCGGCUGCUCCAGCAGAUGUCCCCUGUGACCUUAGUCCCCCGGAGAAGCCACAGCUUCUCCAAGGACAGGAGGGGCGGACCCUUUGUGGACCAGCUGAAGCAGUGUUUCUCCCGGAGGCCCGCUGAAGCCAAGGACACUGAUACCCUCGUGCACGAAGCCGACAGCCAGUAUGGGACGUGGACAGAGCAGCGCCAGAGCGGGGAGAGCUUGGCCACUGAGUCCCCAGAUAGCAGUGCCACAUCAACCAGGAAACAGCCCCCCAGCAGCCGCUUGUCCUCCCUGUCCUCCCAAACGGAGCCCACCUCGGCCGGGGACCAGUAUGACUGCUCCAGGGAGCAGCGGAGCACCAGCGUGGACCGCUCCAGCACCGACCUGGAAUCCACCGACGGGAUGGAGGGGCUGCCCCCACCGGAUGCCUGCCCUUCAAAGAGAGUGGAUGACUUCUCUUUCAUUGAUCAAACCUCAGUCCUUGACUCAAGUGCCCUCAAGACCCGGGUGCAGCUCAGCAAGAGAAGCCGCCGCCGGGCCCCCAUCUCCCACUCCCUCCGGCGCAGCCGAUUCAGUGAGUCUGAGAGCCGAUCGCCUUUGGAGGAUGAGACUGACAACAUGUGGAUGUUCAAAGACUCAACAGAAGAGAAAUCACCCAGGAAGGAAGACUCAGAUGAGGAGGAGACGCCAUCCAAGGCUGAGAGGACCCCCGUCGGCCAUCCUCAGAGGAUGCCCGCGUUUCCAGGCAUGGAUCCGGCAGUGCUGAAGGCUCAACUGCACAAGAGGCCAGAGGUGGACAGUCCCGGCGAGACCCCCAGCUGGGCACCCCAGCCCAAGACCCCCAAGUCCCCCUUCCAGCCUGGGGCGCUGGGCAGUCGUGUGCUGCCUUCCAGCAUGGACAAGGACGAGAGGUCAGAUGAACCCUCUCCCCAGUGGCUAAAGGAACUGAAAUCCAAGAAGAGGCAAAGUCUUUAUGAGAACCAAGUUUGACCAGGCUUCUAGGGGUAACUUUAUUGGAGAAUAUCCAGCAAGGUUUUCAGGCCUGAUGGUAGAGAGAAAUGGAGCCGAAUGUUCCCACCGCUGACACCAGGACUGUCCCUUACUCUCCAGCCAGGGAACACCACAUCUACUUAACAGAAGCCUUAACCGUCAGAACCCGCAGACAAGGCCAAGCUGCUGCCGUUUCUUCCUGCACAAUGCUUACGUGCCUGGGCCCUUCCCGUUGGAUUGAGAACGCUGUCCAGUGAUGCUGUCCUCGCCAGGCUCUCCCUGGAUCCAGAUGGGAAGACCCAACCUCCAGGAGCACUCGCUCAUCUCCCCAGACAGCACUUCAGGCUGGGAAAGGAGCCAGGCUGCCCAGAAAUGUCCAUGUGGGUGGUUUUGCUUUUUACGUAAAAAUCUGCAUUUCCACCUACUUUAGACAUCUUCAACAGCUCCAAGAGCGUCAGCGUGAGGCUGGGAUGUCUCCUCAGAUUCUGAAAAACACCUGAUUUUGUGAAAGCACCGCCUCACCUGACCCCAGGGCAGGCCUUUUUUUGGAUGGACGUUUCCAAGGAAGAUCAAACUGUUCAUUUCCAGCUGUAGUCUUGGUGCAAGGCAUUACCACUGGGUUGGGGGUGUUGUUUGUUUUUUUUUUGGUGAGUUCCUUCUUCCCUUCGAGGAAUCGGCAGCUCCAGUUUUUAAAUGUACUCUCCCUGAUCCUUUGAAGCGUAUUUCUCUUUCUAGUUGGGGCUGUAUAAUUGUUUGUCAUUUUUGUUUGCUUUAGAAGGUGAUAAAGCAAUAAUUCAGCCAAUUUUCUUUGAAACUUGAUAUGUAUAUAUGUGUUUAUGUUAAAGGACGGGAGGAAAGGUGUGUGAGUAAUUGGUUCUGAAGUAUCCAGUCACCUCAGGUUACCUUAUCGCUAUCCAAGCUGUUUAGAAGUUGUGUCACUAUUGUAUAUAUUUCCUUAGCUUAUUUUCGUUUGAGCUCUGAUUUCUGUAGGAUGACCUUUGUCCCUUGACCCUAAGGGUUCAUAAACUGCAGCCCACGUGGUGGUGCCUUUGUCAUUGAAUCAUCAGACCUGCCCUAAGAAUCUUUUUCUCCAGAGUCUUCUUGGAACAUGACCUGGGCUGCUGGCAUGGAGGAGCUGUUCCGAACUGGCCUCAGAACAAAUGGAGGAAUGAAGGGUACUUCUUGCUUUUGCUCACCUCUUUUUCCCCCAUCUAACUCCACCUGACCAAGUGCUUUUUUUGGUUCAAAUGCAGGUCUUGCUGAAAGCCCUUCUCUGGAGGGGAGCUCCGCAGCCAAAGACUCUGGACAGAAGUGCUGGUUGCUAGGUGACAAAGCAUAGCCUCCUUUUUUCUUGCUAGCUAUCAGCUCAUUCUGGGGAAUCCUUAAAACCUCUGAGGGCUCCAGACACUCUCUACCUUGUCUUUGUUUUGGAAAUGCCCAACACCAGCCUCUUCCACUUCUGAGUCCUAAGGCUGUAGCAGACACCCUAGAUGUGCUUGGCUGGCUGCCUGCCAUGCCUGGAGUUGCCAUAGUCUGUGUGCCAACCUUGCCUGGGAGAUACCUGUCAUGAGGUGCUUGGGCAGUUCAUAGAGAGCCUGAGACAUAUGGGGUGGAAUUUCCUAAUGGAUCCACGCACAGCACUGGCUAGAUAGGGAAGCGGAAGGCAUGUGUGCCCUCCACUCCCUCCCAACAGUUUCCCAAGAGGUCAGUCUUUCUCGAUAAAUCCAUUAUUUGCAAAUGCUGUCAAAACAUGCUUCCUUUCUCCCUGGCUACUUCUCAAGAGUUCAUUUGGCUCUCCAUCUCAGCUUCCUCCCUCAUCUCCCUUUACCCCUCUUCUCUCUCUUAGUGGAUGGAUGGGCGUGGAUAGAAAUCCCCUGUUUCUCUAGGUUAAGACAAACACCUGGGCCCUGGUGAGGGGCUUGCAGUUCAGCACCAGGGACAGCAACCGCAGGACUGUGAGGUGGGAGCCCACCAUGUGUCCUGUUCCCUGAGAUUUGGCUACUGAUGAGCAAUUGCUAGACCAUGUCACCCACCCAGCCUUUUACAUUUGGGAGCCUCAUGCAUCUGGGUUUGUGAGUUUGGCCCUGCUCAAUGAUUGUUUGUUUUCUCUUAAUUCCUGUAACUGCUUUAGUUGAUUUCUUUUUUAAAGAUCCAGUUUAUAUUUUAUAAUAAUUUUGAUGUUAUGACUUUCCAAGUCAAUAGGAUCCCCUUUAAAAUACAUUCCUCGUGUUUUGUUUUGUUUUUCUGAGACCAGAUCUUGCUCUGUUGCUCAUGCUGGAGUGGAGUGGCACGAUCAUAGCUCACUGCAGCCUCUAACACCUGGACUUCAGUGAUUCUCCCUCCUCAGCCUCCCAAGUAGCUGGGACUACAGGUGUAUGCUACCACAACCAGCUAAUUUUUAAAAUUUUUGUAGAGACAAGGGUCUCACCCUGUUGCCCAGGCUGGUCCCGAACUUCUGGGCUCAAGUAUUUCUCCCCCUCAGCCUCCUAAAAUGCUGGGAUUACAGACAUGAGCCACUGCAGCUGGCCUAAAACAUACUCCUCACCUUUUGUUCCUGACUUCUGAUCUUGGCCGCUGUCUGUCUUUCCUUCAGGUGGAAAGGACCCUCGGUACCAUCUCAAGCAGUAGGAAAGGACUUGCUCUUGCAUAUAUUGAUGCUCACCAUGCAAAACUCUCAGUUCUUCAUUAGUCAUGUCUCAGCUCAAGGAUAUCAGAUACAUCUCAGCAACAAGGAUAUCAAUUGCUAAGGAAUGAAACACACUUGAAAAUGAGAUUGACCUGGAAAUUUUUCCCCCAAUCUCUUAUACCUUAAUUGGGAAAAAAAAAAUCUGUUUAAUUCUAUUUUAAUUAGGACAUACAGAGUUGACCCUCCUUGAAAGUGAGUAGGGCAAGCCCUGAAGAUCUUCCUCACCUCCAUUUGCUUUUCUAUAACCUUGUCUCCACCAGCACCACAGGGCAGACAAUCGCAGUGGGUCCAGGGCGACCUUCUUUCAUGCAGGCUCCGCCAUGAUCUCUGAGUCCUACUUACGAUCCAUGCAAUGAAGUUAGAAGUAACUGAUAGCCUUUGCAGAUAGCUGGGCAAAUGGGUGAUUUAAUUCUCAUUCUAAAUGGAGGGGGCUCUCUUUGAGGCUAAGCAAGGGGGUGUUGUACGCUAGUUUCUAGACUUUGCCUGGAGCCCCCUUUGGAAAUCUGUCUUCUUUUCAAACUCAAUAUGCCUUAAUCAUCUGUGUGCCAUCGAGUCAUCCAGCCCUCCUCCCCUGGGGCUUUGGCUGUCCUCAAUGAGAGUCUCAUGCAGAAUGGAAAGUCCUCUAUAUGUAUAAUCUUUUUCCUCCCUCGUUUCUCUUCUCCUCACCUCCCUUUGCACGUCAGCAUUUUGACAGCUGGUCUUUUGAGAAGCCUGUAUCUUUUUCUUCUCCAGUAGAUACGCUUCUUCAUGGUCCUUUGCCCAAUGAAACAGAGGCCUUUGGCCUUUGAAAACCCAUGACAAGGCCUCAGAAAUCAGUGUUGUGGAGGAUUACUCCCUGCCACCAGAGAAACUCUGGUGAAAGAGAAACCUUGUGGUGUUGAGGAUGUUGGGAUUUUGAGUGAACCUGACCAGAUAGCCUCAGGUUGUCUAGGAUUCAGGGAAAGGACAAUCAGACCAUGGUGUUUUCCAGGGGGACAUGCCAAAUCACGUGGUUUCAGACAAUGGCGUUUUCCUUUGUGCCUCCCUGGAGGGGUGGUCCCCUUAAGGGCAUCGCUAAGAAGCCAGAACAGAAAGGCUGGGCAAGGGAUUUGGAAAGACCCUUAGUGUGAUUUUCCUAAGAGAGACCUCAGCUGCUCUGACCUGGUGCUGAUAGCUGCUUUGUCGGUCUGUGCUUUCAAAUUUUCUUUACAAUAUGCCCCCAGAUGGCUUCUGGAACUAGUCAUAAUUGCAAACUGUAAAAAUCCCUCCUCCCCAGUUUAGAUAUUGAAACCAGAGUAAGUGAUAGGAAGACAUUCUGUGUUCUCUGAAUGUGCCUUCCCCCUCACCAUGUGUCAAAACCCAAAAGCUGAAGAUCCACGGCAUCAUGAUUCCAUGGGACUGGGGGGAGGGGAACCUACUCCACUUCUAGAGGGGGAUCUGCUUCGGGCUCAGUUCCCUUAGCGAGUGGGGGACCCUUGCUGUCUGCUCAGAAGCUGCCAGGACUCACCCAGUUGGAAUUCCAGGCAGGCCAAGGCUCGGGAAGCCUAGAGCCUCGUAAAAAACCGGUAGGCGUGAAUGUGCCGGGCCUUUACCAGCCUUCCUCUCCUUUUGCACCCCUCAGUCCAGCGGGUUUUUUUCCUUUUGCCUCAAUUGGCCCCUGCAGGGGGAAGGGCAGAAAGCUGGGCCCUCUGCUCUGGAAAGUCAGCCUGAGGUUUCUGGCAAGGUAACCCUUAAAAUCGACACUUCUCGGCCCUGCCUCCCCUUUGGCCUUCCCAGAAUCUCCUUCAAUAGUUGCUCUCGUACCCGUGCCGGGACAUCUUCCUCCAUGACUUGGACUGGCACCUCCUUGACAAUCCCUGUUGGCAUCAGACUGGCUAAAGAUGAUGCUGUUUUCUAAAGAAUUUGAAUUUUUUUUUUUUUCUUGAGACCGGGUCUCGCUCUGUUGCCCAGGCUGGAAUGCAGUGGCACAAUCACAGCUCACUGCAGCCCCCAACUCCUGGACCCAAGCGAUCCUCCCACCUCCACCUCCUGAGUAGCCUAGAUGACAGGCGCACACCACCACGCCUGGCUGAUUUUUUAAAUCUAUUUUUUGUAGAAACAGGAUCUUACUAUAUUGCCCAAGCUGGUCUCAAGCUCCCGGUCUUAAGCGAUUCUCCCGCCUCAGCCUCCCAAAGUGCUGGGAUUACAGGCAUGAGCCACAACGCCCAGCUGAAUUUGAGCUUUUUAAUAAUCUCAUUCCACAUAGCCUUAUAGCUCCUGUAAAUAGGGGGUCACAAAAGUAAUAUAUUGUGUUAUGGAAGAUAUUUUGUACUGUGCUGUUUCCUAAAUCAUACCAAUAUCCGAAGGUCACACACUUUCCAGAUGAUCGUGAUCGUUAAAAUGCUUUGUAAGAUGGGGCAGGGCGUGGAAACACACACACACACACACGUAUAGUAUAUAUUUUCCUAACCUUUCUUCUGGGUCCUUCCUCAGAUAUUUGAGUCACAGUAGAAACGGAACUCGAGUUCUUUGUGUAGGAAAGUUAAGCUUCCUGCCUGCGGUGUUCUUGCAAUUGCCUUAUGAAUUCACAAGCUCCAGGAAUUCUGAACGGAAGGCAGACAAGAGGCACUUUAUCCAAUUCCAGAAAGAAUCUCUAACCAUGCAACUGAGAAUUCAUCUAGAAAAACUUAUAUUUUUAAUGUAAAAAAAAAAAAAUGGGGCAUCCCGGACCUCACAGAGUAUUGGACGUCUACAAGUGCUUUUAUAUUUUGUAACUGUAAAGAGGUUUCAUAGGCACAGAAGAGCAGUUGGAAAUCUGGUCGACUGCAAUAAAACAAGAUGACCUUUGCAUGUACAAAGAUGUUGCAUUCAGACUAUGAAAAUAGCAAAUAAAGCUUUGGUGCAAGUUGCAUUGGA